CCAUAUAGCUUCAGUUACCGUAACGACGUAGUACUGCUGUAAGCUGGAUUUGUCUGGACUGAAGCGAUGGUGAUCUGGUGCGCUGGUGGCUCCCGCGGUCCGUCACGCCGCUCCUGAGCCGUGACGUGUCCCUCUCGCGGCGCCCCGGCCGUCUGCUGCCAAGCGGGGCACACGUACCAAGACACGAUCCACACGACAAGCUUCUUCAACUCGCCCCCACUCGACUCCAUCGGCGCCGCUCGUCCUUCCUCUUCCGCCCCGGCCAGCCGCCUCUUCCUCCUUCCUUCCCCGGCUCAGCCCGCCGCAUCUGCCGUCGUCCCGUUCCGCCAGCCAGCCAUCAUCUCAGAGUAGUCGUCGUCGUCGUGGUCGUCUGGCUGAGAAGGAUGGGAGAGUCGCCGCCACCAACGCCGCCGCCGCCGGCGGCGCCGGCCAAGGUGUACUACGAGGGGUGCCCCGGGUGCGCCAUGGAGCGGAGGAAGGAGAGCAGCACGGGGACCCCGUACAAGGAGCUCUUCUUCGUCGGGAUCACCACCUUUGCAUCAUCUUUGCCGAUCACGUCGCUGUUCCCGUUUCUCUACUUCAUGAUACAAGACUUGCACGUUGCUCAAAGAGAAGAAGAUAUUGGAUUCUAUGCUGGAUUUCUUGGUGCAUCAUAUAUGGUUGGUAGAGGUUUCGCAUCGAUCUUUUGGGGCAUGGUUGCAGAUCGCAUCGGACGGAAGCCUGUAAUUGUAUUUUCACUUUUCACGGUCAUUGUGUUCAACACUUUAUUCGGAUUAAGUGUGAAAUAUUGGAUGGCUAUCACUACAAGGUUGCUUCUUGGUGCACUAAACGGAUUUCUAGCACCAAUCAAGGCUUACUCCAUUGAAGUUUGCCGGGAUGACGAACAAGCUUUGGGCAUAUCAAUUGUCAAUACAGCAUGGGGAUUAGGCCUUAUAAUUGGCCCAGCAAUUGGGGGCUACCUUGCUCAGCCAGCCAAACAAUAUCCACACAUUUUCCAUGACAAGUCAACGUUUGGGAGGUUCCCAUAUCUUCUUCCAUGUCUUUGCAUAUCAAUUUUCGCAACAUUCGCCCUCAUAAGCUGCAUAUGGCUUCCGGAAACACUACACAAGCACGCCAAGUUUGAAAUGAGAGCUGAAACGGCUGAAGCUGGCACAACUCAGGAAAGUACAGAGUCACCUAAGAAGAGCUUAUGGAAAAAUUGGCCGUUGAUGUCGUCCAUUAUCACAUAUUGUGUCUUCUCCCUUCAUGACACUGCAUAUAGUGAGAUAUUUUCCCUGUGGACUGUAAGUGGUAGAAAAUAUGGUGGACUUAGCUUUUCAUCUAAGGAUGUCGGUCAAGUUCUUACAGUGGCAGGUGUCAGUCUUCUUGUAUACCAAAUCUUUGUUUAUCGUUGGCUCAAUAAUACACUAGGACCUGUAAACUCAACCCGCAUUGCAUCUGCCCUGUCUAUACCAAUUAUUGCUGCUUAUCCCUUUAUGACACGCUUGUCAGGAAUAAGACUUGGUCUGGCUCUCUAUAUUGCAGCAAUGAUUAAAAGCGUUCUCGCUAUAACUAGAGUUUCCGGCACUUCUCUUCUACAAAACAAUGCCGUGCCACAAGGGCAAAGAGGUGCUGCGAAUGGAAUAGCCACAACAUUAAUGUCCUUGUUCAAGUCUGUUGCUCCAGCAGGGGCAGGUAUUCUAUUCUCGUGGGCACAGAAGCGCCAGCAUGCAGCGUUCUUUCCAGGUGAUCAGAUGGUGUUCCUUCUACUGAACGUGACAGAGGUCCUUGGGCUCUUGCUGACCUUCAAGCCUUUCCUGGCAGUCCCCCAACACUACAAGUAAAACCUGACAGAGUACCUGUGUAGGUAGUGCUAUAGAGCAGUGCGUGUGUUUGUGUGGCACUGGCAUGCUAUAAGAGCGAAGACUGAAGAGUCUACUUUCUUGUACUUGUAGAUGUAGCAGUGUUGUUGGCACUUGUGACCUAAAUCAAUCCGUCGGCCAAUUGCAGUCUUGGCAUGCUCUGUUGCUCUCCUAGUUGUUGUUAGCCUAUGGUACGUACUGUAGUAAGGAGGAAUAGAGGUAACCUGAAUGAAUCUUUCAAUUUCUUGA